GUGAGGUAGAGCCUCAGAGUCGAAGAGCGGAGUGGUGCGCGUGAUUGUUGUUGCUAUUCUCGAAAUCGAAUUCCGAAUUCCCAAGUAGCUAGGAGUUCCCUUCUAGGGCUUAUAUUAGCCAGCCAUGGAAGGCGAGGACGAAGGGCCAGAAACGAUGAUUGACAACAUCUGCUCCAAUGGUUUUGAUGAUAAGCGCAGUAAACCGAUCAUGAGCAGCGAACAGUUGGACGUUGAGGCUUACGCAAGUCUCUACAGCGGCAGAACAAAGAUCACGAGGCUUCUAUUCAUUGCUGAUCGAUGCGGUCACCAGUCAAUGCAGUUGGAGGCAUUGCGAAUGGCUUAUGACGAGAUUAAAAAGGGCGAGAACUCCCAGCUCUUUAGAGAGGUCGUUCAGAAGAUAGAUGGAAGGUUGGGAUCUGCUUACGGGAUGGACCUGACAUGGGUUGAUAACGUUGAUCGUAGAGCUGAGCAGAGGAAGGAGAAGCUCGAGAAUGAGCUCAAUUCCUACCGGACAAAUUUGAUAAAAGAAAGCAUUAGAAUGGGAUACAAUGACUUUGGAGAUUUUUACUAUGCGCAUGGUGCCCUCGGCGAUGCUUUUAAGAACUAUAGCCGUACUCGUGAUUAUUGCACUACAUCAAAGCACAUAACUCAGAUGUGUCUGAAUGCAAUUCUGGUUAGCAUUGAGAUGGGCCAGUUUACACAUGUCACAAGCUAUGUUAGUAAGGCAGAGCAAUCACCCGAGGUGGUGGACCCUAUUACAGUUGCAAAAUUGCGUUGUGCUGCUGGAUUGGCUCACUUGAAGGGUAAAAUGUACAAACAUGCUGCUCGCAAGUUCUUGGAGACAGGGCCUGAAUUGGGAAAUAACUACUCGGAAGUGAUUGCACCCCAAGAUGUUGCGACAUAUGGUGGACUUUGUGCCCUUGCUAGUUUUGACAGGACAGAGUUGAAGAACAAAGUUAUAGACAAUAUCAAUUUCCGGAAUUUCUUAGAGCUGGUGCCUGAAGUAAGGGAGCUUAUUAAUGAUUUUUAUUCCAGCCAUUAUGCUUCAUGUCUUGAGUACCUUGAAAAUCUCAAAGCCAAUCUGUUGCUUGAUAUCCAUUUGUAUGACCAUGUUGAGACUCUAUAUAAUCAAAUCCGUCACAAAGCCCUAAUCCAAUACACACACCCCUUUGUAUCUGUUGAUCUGCACAUGAUGGCUAGUGCCUUCAAAACAAAUGUUGUUGGGUUGGAGAAGGAACUUGAAGCUUUGAUUACUGACAAUCAGAUUCAGGCUCGUAUAGACUCGCACAACAAGAUUCUAUACGCACGACAUGCUGAUCAAAGAAAUGCAACAUUCCAACGGGCCCUACAGACGGGCAGCGAGUUUGGCCAUGAUGUCAGGGCAAUGUUGCUGAGGGCUAAUCUACUCAAGCACGAAUACAAUACCAGAGCUGUGAGGAAGUAUGCGUAGGAUGGCCAGCUCUGACAAGCAUGUUCUCAUGCCUCACAUACAUCAUAGUGGACUAUUAUUCUGGGUAAUGGAAGCAAGUUUUUUUAGGACAAGUG